AAGAGGAUUCUUUUUCACUUCGGCUGCCUCUUCGUCGGCCCACGCUUUCCCUUCUGCUGCUGCUCCUCCUCCUCUUCAUCUUCGUCGUGAAUUCUACUCCUUCGAUCUCGUUCUUUGGCUUAACUUUAGAUCUGGAAGGCUCCAAAAGAUUCUUGUAGGUUCUUCUCCGGCGGGCGGUGCGCCCGGGACGGGAUGGAGUCGAUUUUGGCCCGGGCGCUGGAGUAUACCCUCAAAUACUGGCUCAAGUCUUUCACCCGUGAUCAGUUCAAGCUUCAAGGCCGCACUGCCCAGCUCUCUAAUCUAGAUAUCAACGGGGAUUCCCUUCAUGCGAGCGUUGGAUUCCCUGCGACGCUGACUGUGACUACAGCUAAAGUUCGCAAGCUCGAGAUCACGGUUCCUUCUGUUUCGAAUGUGCAAUGCGAGCCAAUUCUUGUUCAGAUCGAUAAAUUUGAUCUGGUUCUAGAGGAAAAUGUGGACCCUAAUAAUGCAAAAAGCCCAACCAGUCCGUCGACAUCGACCGGCACAACCAAAGGCAGUGGUUAUGGAUUCGCAGAUAAGAUUGCAGAUGGGAUGACCCUGGAAGUAGGUACUGUCAAUCUAAUGAUUGAGACUCAUGGUGGUGAUAGGAAGCAGGGAGGUACCAUUUGGUCAUCUCCACUAGCAUCUAUUACCAUCCGCAAUCUUUUGCUAUACACCACAAAUGAAAAUUGGCAGAUUGUCAAUCUCAAGGAAGCACGGGAUUUUUCCAAUAACAAGAAGUUUCUAUAUGUUUUCAAGAAGUUGGAGUGGGAAUCACUCUCAGUUGAUCUGUUACCGCAUCCAGAUAUGUUCUUGGAUGCACACUUACAAUCUCCUAGUAGUCAAGGGAGUAAGCGAGAUGAGGACGGUGCAAAGCGACUAUUUUUUGGUGGUGAAAGAUUCCUAGAAGGAAUAUCUGGGGAGGCUUAUAUCACUGUACAAAGGACAGAACAAAACAGUCCACUCGGGCUUGAAUUUCGGUUACAUAUUCCUGAAGCUGUUUGUCCGGCUUUAAGUGAACCAGGAUUGCGCGCUCUUCUUCGUUUUAUGACGGGUGCACAUAUCUGUUUGAAUAGGGGAGAUGUUAAUCUAAAUGCGCAACAGCGUUCAACUGAAGCAGCUGGUUGUUCACUGGUAUCUGUUAUUGUUGAUCAUAUAUUUCUUUGUAUCAAAGAUGCUGACUUUCAACUUGAACUUCUAAUGCAGUCACUCUUUUUCUCACGGGCUAGUCUAUCUGAUGGAGAAACUACAAAGACCUUAUCUCGCAUCUUUCUUGGGGGGCUAUUUUUGAGGGACACCUUUUCACACCCUCCAUGCACCUUGAUUCAACCCUCUUUGAGGUCUGCUUCUCAGGGAACUCAACAUGUUCCAGCAUUUGGUCAGAAUUUUUGCCCUCCAAUCUAUCCUUUACAAAACCAGCACAUGCAAUUUAGUAUGGGUGUUCCUUUGAUUUCUCUCCAUUCUCUCCAAAUCAAUCCUUCUCCAAACCCUCCAAAGUUUGCUUCCCGGACAGUUAUUGACUGUCAACCACUUAUGAUAAUUCUUCAGGAAGAAUCGUGUUUUAGGAUUUCCUCUUUCUUAGCUGAUGGCAUUGUGGUCAACCCCGGUGUUGUGCGGCCUGAUUUUUCAGUGAACUCUUUUGAAUUUAUCCUAAAAGAGUUUGACCUUGUUGUUCCUCUAGAUAUGCAAAAGACGAAUGAUUUGUCUGGAAAUGGAAACCAUUUUUCUCAUACGUCAUUUUCUGGAGCAAGGCUUCAUGUUGAGGAUCUGUAUUUUGCUCAAUCACCAUCGCUGAAAUGCACUUUACUAAAAUUGGAUACUGAUCCUGCUUGUUUUAGUCUCUGGGAAUACCAACCCAUUGAUGCUAGUCAGAAGAAGUGGACUACCCGAGUUUCACAUCUUAGUGUUUCACUAGAAACCUGCAACAGUUCAACCAAACAGAUGAAUUCUACUGACUGGUAUGAAGGUUUAUGGAGUUGUGUUGAAUUCCACGAAGUAUGUUUUGAAGCUGCUAUGGCUACUUCAGACGGUCACCCUUUGUUAGAAGUACCUCCACCAGAAGGUGUUGUCCGAAUCGGGGUUGCCUGCCAGCAAUAUAUCUCCAACGCUUCAGUUGAGCAGCUAUUCUUUGUUCUAGAUCUGUAUGCCUAUUUUGGUCGUGUUUCUGAAAAGAUAACAAAAGCCAGCAAAGGUAACAAAGAGAGGAUGGGUGACCGUUUUGGAAAUGAGAUGAUGAAAAAGAUGCCAAGUGAUACUGCAGUAACCUUAGCAGUAAGCAAUCUACAUCUCAAAUUUCUGGAAUCGUCAUCUACUGAUAUCCAUAACAAGACUAUGGUUCAGUUUGAUGGACAAUCGUUAUUCUUAAAAGUUUCUCAUCGGACUCUGGGUGGUGCUUUUGCAGUUUCUACUAGUAUACACUGGGAGACGGCUUCUGUCUACUGUUUGGAUGGAGUGGGAGCAGCUCAUGAGAAAGUCAUAAAUGAAAGUCGUCUUGUUAAUGACAAUGAAUAUCCUCAAAUGAAAGCAGUAUUUUGGGUUGAUAAUCAAAGCAGGCAUCAAAAGAAAUCAGUGCCAUUUCUUGACAUAACGAUUGUACAUGUGAUCCCUUAUGAUGUUCAAGAUACAGAGUCCCAUAGUCUAAAUGCAUCUUUCAACAUCAAUGGUGUGCGUCUUGGUGGUGGUAUGACUUAUACUGAGUCUUUGCUGCAUCAAUUUGGUAUAUUUGGGCCAGAUGGUGGUCCAGGAGAGGGAUUGUUGAAAGGAUUGAAGAAUUUAUCUUCUGGACCACUGGCAAAACUUUUCAGAGCAUCACCUCCCAUUGAAGCUGACAAGGAAGAAAAUGAAACACUCAAAGAGGAGGAUCUUCAUAGCCUUUUGGAGGUACAGAUGCCAGAUGAUAUUGAUGUAUGUGUUACAUUCAACAAUUGGUUAUUUGCACUUGAAGGAGCCCAAGAGACAGAAGGAUGGUUGCUGGAAGUAAGUGAUAAUCUAAGCAGAGAAGAGAAGUGUUGGCAUACAACUUUCCAUAGCUUGAAUGUAAAAGCAAAAAGUACUGAAUCCAAUUCAUCAAAUAUGGGGAGAUCAGGCUUGAAGAAGAAGUUUCCUAUAGAAUUAAUAACGGUAGGUAUAGAAGGUCUACAGGCAUUGAAACCAAGUACAAGGGACAGAUAUCGAGUAGAGAGAAAUUUGACAAAUGGAGACUUCAAGAAUAAUGGGGUAGAUGUUGAAGUCUGCUUGGUUUCCUCCGAGGAUGAUAUUGAGAUGGAAACAGAGUGGGUAGUGGAAAAUAUAAAGUUUUCAGUGAAGGAACCGAUUGAAGCAAUUGCUACAAAAGAGGAACUGGAGCACCUUGUUCUUCUUUGCAGAUCUGAAGUUGAUUCAAUGGGUAGGAUUGCUGCUGGGAUGCUGCGUUUACUUAAGCUUGAUAAAUCACUAGGUCAGGGUACUAUGGAUCAGCUUUCCAACUUAGGAAGUGGGAGUAUGCACAGAAAUUUGACACCAGGAAAAUUAAGUCGCCGAAGUAGUUUUGGCAGCAUCAGUUUCACCCCUAGAACCUCCAUAUCUAACGCCAUGCUAAGUGAUAAUCUGGAGUCCACCAUUACUUCAUUGGAAGUCGAAAUUUUGGACUUGCAGUCUAAAUGCUCAACGCUCAUGACUGAGUUAAGCAGCUCAGAUGAAUCACAACAUGUUUCAGACAUCAAGUAUCUCACAGACAAGCUUGAGAGCAUGCAAACUCUAUUGACUCGGCUGCGAACUCUUGUUUAAUACCUUUGUCAGAUUAUUGAAAGUUCAAAAAUUUGGAAUUUACAGUCUAAAUGCUCAGCGCAUUUUAUUUUACAAAGUUACGCAGCUCAGAUGACUAGCCACAUGUCUCAGAUGUAAGAUACAUCACAGACAAGAUCUAGAGCAUGCAAACAAUCUCAACCAGGCUUCGCAUCCUCAGUCACUUCUUCCUUCAGGUGCUAAUUUUGUUUGUCGAGAAUAAAAUUUUCUCGGCGUAAGUGUAUUCCGUUAUUCAUUGUGUACAUAAUGUUGUUGAAGUAUAUACCAGCUCGAAUUAAGCAACAGGUGAGUGAAUGAGACUGAGAGUUUAGUUGCAUAGGGAUUUUGGCAUUCCCUAUACUUUGUCAAAUCGCGAAACUGUGUUUGUUUAUAGUGCAGCUCUUAGGAGGUUUAAAGUUGUAUUUGGCUCGUUGAAAUUGUUUAGAUUCACACACUAUUUCUUAAGAACACUCAAUAUAAUUUCUAGUCAAAGUUGGGAUUGUGUUUUA